UCCUCCGAACGCGCGCCUGUUGAUUUUCACCUUCCGCUCUUGUCAGUAGCGCUAAAAUGUCUGAGAAGUCGACUCUCGCGCGAGUUUCUGAGACUCCUCAUGCAAAGCAAAACGGUGAAUCGUUAUUCAAUGGUCAUGGACGUAAAAUACUGUCAAAAUUUCGUUCUUACGACCGCGACCUAGCUCCCGAGGAGCCGGAGCCUCAACAAGUGCUCGAACUGACCCGAGUUUAUAGGCAACUCCUGACUGGAAUCCGUGAGGAUCCCAAUAGGCAAGGACUGCUGAAAACACCGGAAAGAGCGGCCAAAGCAUUUCUUUUCUUUACCAAGGGAUAUGAGCAAACUUUAGAAGACGUAGUUAAUGACGCCAUCUUCGAAGAAGAUCAUGAUGAAAUGGUAAUUGUAAAAGAUAUCGAAAUGUUCUCUAUGUGCGAACACCAUUUGGUUCCAUUUAUAGGAAAGGUUUCAGUUGGUUAUCUCCCAAAUAAAAAAGUUCUUGGAUUGAGCAAAUUAGCAAGGAUUGUGGAAGUGUACAGCAGACGUUUGCAAGUUCAAGAACGUCUCACUAAACAGAUAGCUGUAGCUGUAACUGAAGCUAUUGGACCCACAGGAGUUGGUGUUGUAAUAGAAGCGACACACAUGUGCAUGGUGAUGAGAGGAGUACAAAAGCUGAACAGUAAGACAAUAACAAGCACAAUGUUAGGAGUUUUCAGGGAAGAUCCAAAAACAAGAGAAGAAUUUUUAAGUUUAAUUCGUCAGAACUGAAGAAACAAAGAAUUAUAUAAAUGUUACAUCAAUUAAUUUCUGAAUAACAAUGUUACGUGCAGAUUUAAAACGCAAAAAUCCAUUAACCCUUCUGGACAGUUUCAUGUUGCUUCCAACUUUUCUGAACUACUGUCGUCCACUAUUUACAGUAAAAGCUCGACCAUCCGGAAACUUCGGAAAAUGCUGAACUCGGGAUACGCGAAAAUUCCGAAUAACUGAGCGUAUAAAGAAAUCACUUAAUGGUAGAAACCCCAAAUGAAUGAAGAAAAAAUUUCUGGUUUAAUAUUAUAAAAA